CGCUUCCCAGACUCCAUGCUGGGGGCCAUGUUUAGGGCUGGCACCCCCAUUUCCCCCAACCUCAACUCCCAGGGAGGUGGCCACUACUACUUCAUCGACAGAGAUGGCAAGGCCUUCCGGCAUAUUCUAAAUUUCCUGCGGCUGGGCCGCCUGGACCUACCCCUUGGAUAUGGAGAGACAGCGCUUCUCAGGGCAGAAGCUGACUUCUACCAGAUCCGGCCCCUCCUCGAUGCCCUGCAGGAACUGGAGGCCUCUCAGGUGACCCCUGCACCCACAGCUGCCCUGCUCCACGCAGAUGUAGAUGCCAGCCCCCGCAUGGUGCACUUCUCUGCUCGCCAGGGCCCACACCACUAUGAACUGAGCUCUGCCCAGGUGGACACCUUCCGAGCCAACCUCUUCUGCACCGAUCCAGAGUGUCUGGGUGCCAUGAAGGCCCGAUUUGGUGUAGCCAAUGAAGAGAGAGCAGAGGGAGGACCACACUUUCGUCUGGAAUGGGCCCCCCGCCCCACAGAACUUCCAGAAGUGGAGUACAGGAGACUGGGACUACAGCCACUGUGGACUAAGGGGCCAGGAGAGCAACGGGAAGUGGUGGGCACACCCGGCUUCCUGGAGGAGGUGCUGCGGGUGGCUCUGGAGCAUGGCUUCCGUCUAGACUCCGUUUUCCCUGACCCUGAAGACCUACUCAACUCCAGAUCUCUGCGCUUUGUCCGACACUAAUAACUGAGGACUGGCAGUACUACCCUCAGUUUGACAGUAGGAGGGUGGGGGGAGAAUGAAGGGGGCAGCAAAGGAGAUUAAGGCUCCCCUGAAGUCCCUUCCCAGCUCUGCUUUGGGAGCUGUGAGAGUCAGAGGUCCCACUGCAACUGAUUGGAAACAGAUGUGGGCGGAACUCCCCAAACCCAAGCUCACUUAGGGCUCACAAGUGGUACAGAGGGUUUGGACUGGUGCUAAUCCUGGGAGGGGUGGGCAAAGUUCCCUUGGCUUGUUCUCACCUGAGCCUGGGGACUUCCAGUUUCCUUGGUUGGAGUUCAGUAUGUAGGGAUCGGGAAAACUGAGGACAUGUCUCUGCCCAGGCUAGGCCUAGCAGAACACUGCAGGGACACUGAGGUCUGGGAGGAAGAGGGAUUUUGGAUUGCUCUAAUGUGGUCUCCUGGAUUGACUUCUGGAGCUGAGUGACCUGGCCUGACCUGACCAAUGACAGGCCAGAACACUCUGAAACAGAGGAAGGGAGAUUCUUUGCUGUGUCCCAAGCCACCUAUUAAGGAAGACAGAAAGGCUACACCACACCCUAGGCUGGCAUAAGGGAGCUAGGAGAAUCCCCAUUAAUUAUGGGGUGGAGCAUCCUUCUGGAGAUCCAAGUUUUUUUUAAAGGAUCUGAUAUUGAUGGUGGAGCUGGUCAUGGGGAAGAAGGUGGCAUCUUCUUGGGCCUUGGCCUAAAUUCCUUCUUGUGCGAGUGUGUGUCAGUGUGUGACAGAUGUGUGGAUCCCUGACAUCUGGGCUCCCAUUUGUGUGGCUGGUGAUGGCACCUAUAUUCUGGCCUUUCUGUGGUCUCUGCAUGUCCGGGCCUGUUUGAGGUUUCUCAGAAGCUGUUUGGGCACCAGGUAUGUCUAUGGGUGUGAGUAGACUGAGAAUUAAUAGCUUAAUCACAAGGGGUGUGUGUGUGUGUGCAUACAUGUGCACUCACGUCACCACAUAUGCAGGGAGGGCCUGUUAGAGUUUAAGUCAGUAGGAUCUUCCUGGUGAGCGAGGUAAGAGAAGUCACUGGACUUAGCCAGGCCUUGGAGACCUUUAUAGAAUUCUUGGUUGUUAAGGCAAUCAUGGGCCUGUUGCUAGGAGAUAGCUGGGGAAAGACUCAAGUUUGUUCAGGGUAGAGAAAAGCUGUACAGAAGAAUUUGGGAGAGUUGGGGAGGAUAUAGGAAGAGAUGGGAUUUCUGCUUCCCUGAGGGGAUGGGAUACUCAUAAACAACUUCCCUGGGGGAGUCACUUAUUAUUUAUCACUUACAAGAAGAAAAAUAAAGUUGCU